GUGUGGAGCAGGCAGGGGGCAUCUGAGGCCCAGGGAUCACUGUGGUCUGAAGCAGGAGGGAGAGCCUAAGGCUGGGAGGAGAUGAGAUGGGACAGGGAGGAAGGGUCAAGAUGAGUGCUGCCCAAUAGAAAUAUAACAGGAGCCACAAGAGCCAACCCCAUUGUGAUUUAGAAUAUUUUACUAGCUGUAUUUUAAAAAGUAUCAAGAAACAGGUGAAAAUAAUCUUAAUUAUGUGUUAUUUAAUUCAGUACCAGAAAUGUAUUUAUUUCAACAUGUAAUCAGUGUUAAAAACGCAUCAGUGAGAUAUUGUCCCUUCUUUUUGUCAGGCUAAGGCUUUGCCAUGCAGUGUGAAUCUGGCCCUUACAUCAGGUCUCAGUUGGGACAGGCCACAUUCCAAGGCUCAAUAGCUACAUGUGCCUGGUGGUCCACACGGGACAGCACAGGUGGACAUGGUGAAAGGUCUUAAAGAUCAGUGGGGAGAAAUGGAAGGGUUUUGAGCAGGGGAAGCAGGAGCAUGGCAUUCCAGAUUUGGAUAUUAGAAGAGUGACAAGCCAGAUCUACAUCUUAGAAAAAUGGUGUUUAUCAAAAAUGUGGAGGAUACAUUUUCAAGCAGGGAUGAAUGAGGCAGAGUGGCCAGAGAUAAGGUUUUUGCAUAUUGCUGUAAAACUGGUCAAUCUUUAAGGAGGGCAAUUUGCCAAUACUCUUAGAACUAUGGAGCCCUGGUGGCAGGGUGGGGAAACCCUGGUGGUGUAGUGGUUAAGUGCUACGGCUGCUAACCAAAGGGUCAGCAGUGCAAAUCCACCAGGCGCUCCUCGGAAACUCAAUGGGGCAGUUCUACUCUGUCCUAUGGGGUCGCUAUGAGUCGGAAUCAACUGGCAAUGGGUUUUUUUGUUUGUUUGUUUUUGGUGGCACAGUGGGUAAGUGCUCAGCUGCUAACCAAAAGGUCGCUGGUUCAAAUCUCCUCACUGCUCCUUGGAAACCCAAGUUUCUACUCUGUCCAAAAGGGUCUCUGUGAGUCAGAAUUACUCUACUGCAAUGGGUUUGGUUUUUCAUUUGGUUUAUCAUAAUUAUAAUUGCAUAUACAGUUACUUUAUGAUUCUGCUUUCCCAUUUCUAUGAAUUUCCCCUAUCAAUAUGGUAGUACCUGCCUGUGGUUACCUAUGUAUGAGGUUGUACAUUACAGCCGUAUUUAUAAAAGGUAAAAAAUGGGAACCCCCUCUUUGAUGGUUAAGGUUGUGUGUCAACUUGGUUGGGUCAUGAUCCUCAGUGGUUUGGCAAUUUGAUGGCUUUUUAAUGACAUAGCAAACUUAAUAAUGAGAUAUGAUAUAUAUAGUAUGAUCACCUCCUUGAUGAGAUCUGUUGUGAACAGCCAGUCAUUUGAAAGGGAGUUUCCUUGGGUGUGUGGACUUCCUGGCAAGGCUCACUCUGGCUUGUGCUCACUCUGUAUCCUCUUCAUCUGACCUCUGAUCCUUGGAACUUGAGCUAGUAACUCACCUGCUGUCUUAUGGGGUGUUCCUGGGAUUUGUCGGCCUCUGCAGCCUGUGAGCCAGAGGCCUCCCGUCUAACCUUCUGAUUUUGGAUUCGCCAGCACUUGUGGCUACGUGAGUCAGGAGAUGCCUCCAGCCUGACCCAUGAACUUGUGACUUUCCAGCCUCUCCAACUGUGUGAGCCAUUUCUUUUAUGUAAAUCUCUGUAUGCAUUUAUAUGCUGCACUGGUUUUGCUUCUGUGGAGAGCCCAACCUAAGACACCCUCAAUGUCCAUACAUAGCAGACUAACAGUUAAAUGACUUCUAGCAUGUCUAUGCAAUAGAAUACCAUGAGCUGUAGGAAUGAUGAGGAAGCUCACUGUGUGCUAAUACGGAAAGAUUUCUAGGAUACAUUAAGGGGAAAAGUCAAGCUGCUGAAGAGUAGGUAUACAGUGCUACCUUUUGUGUAAAAAUACCUCUGGAAGGAUAUGGAAAUAACUAAUAACAUUGGUUAUCUCCAGUAAGGGAAAUUUGGUGAGGGGAUUGGGAGUAGGGCUAGAGGGAGCCAUUUUCACUUUUUGAAUGUCAUGCUAUUCAGACAACAAAUGUCAUACCUUACAAAUGAUGAAGUGUAAAAUCAGAGUCAUUUAAAUCUUUCUAAAUAGUGUACUGCCAUAGCCCAGGCAAGAGGCACUGAGGCGCUGAAGGGAGGCAGCUUCCUGAGUAAGGAGGGUAGGGGCGUAUUUGAAAGUGACUUAAAUGAUAGGACCAGUUGCACCUGAGAGAAAAGAGAUGGUUCAAGGCCAAUUUCUAGGUUGCCCACUUGAGUGGGUAAAUGACGUAUUAUUUACUGGACAGUGAAAUCCGGGGAAUAGAGCAUGCUUUUUUGUGUGUGUGUGUGGUGAGGUGGAUGAGGAUGAGGGAACAAUGGAUUUAGUUUUGUAUAAGCUGAGUUUGAGGGGUCUGUGUGACAUCCAGGUGGAGUUGAAAUGUGAUGCUCGGGAGAGCCAUUGCCUAGAGAUGCAGACAUGGGAGUCAUGUGUACAGGUAGAGUUGAAGCCAUGGGAGUGGAUGAGAUCACCCCUGGAGAGUAUUUUUGAGAUGAGAAAUGACCAUCGGACAGAAUCCCAGGGCAGAAGAACCCAGGAGAAGGGUCUAUUAAUGCAAAAUGACAAGCAACAGAAGAGCCAAGGAAGGAUGGCACAGCAAAGCCAAGAAAGCAGUUUCAGGAAUCAAGGAAUGAAAUACAGGGGCAGAUAAAGAUUAGGAUACAGGAUAGUUCAUUGGGGUUAACCACCUGGAGGCCACUGAUGAGCCCUUUCAGAGGAAUAUGGGGGUGAGAUGUGGAGCCAGAGUAUAAUGGGCAGAGUGGGCAGGGGGACAGGAGGAGAGUCAACUAUUCUCUUUAGAAAUUUGCCUGCCUAUAAAAAGAAGGAAACAGUGAUGGAAAGUUGGGAAGACUUUUCUUGUUAUUGUUUUGUAAAAUGGAAGAGGUUGAAUGUUUUGGGCUAUAUGCCUCUUGUUUCUAAUUUCUUUGGGUUAAAUGGGUGUCACUACCACUGCCCGGUGUAUUCCUGGACUUUUGAGCCUGGUCCGAAAAUAACAAGUGCAACUACAUCUAAAGGAAAGUCCACCAGAAGCCAACAGCCAAAGCAGACACGGAAGUCUUCCUUCUUUGGUGAAAACAGCAGUGCCUUCUGGAGGCAAAUAUGCCUCUUGUACUUACAUUUUAGGAUUAUAGUAGACCUGAAGCUUUUCCUCAACAGCCUGUGAGCAAGAGCCCUGCUUUCUGACCUGCUGAUCUUGGUUUUGCCAGCCCCUGUGGCUGUGUGAAUCAGGAGAAGCCUCCAGCCCGACCCACAGACUUGGGACAUUCCAGCCUCUACAACCGUAAGUGGGAAGGACAGUCUAUGUUUGGAAACACAAACAACAGUACAGACAUCAAAAGGCUUCAGGAUGGACCCUUUCAUGGCUGUUCUUGGGAUUUGUCGGCCUCCACAGCCUGUGAGCCAGAGGCCUCCCGUCUAACCUUCUGAUUUUGGAUUCACCAGCACCUGUGGCUACGUGAGUCAGGAGAUGCCUCCAGCCCGACCCAUGAACUUGUGACUUUCCAGCCUCUCCAACUCUCCUGUGAGCAAGAGCCCUGCUUUCUGACCUGCUGAUCUUGGUUUUGCCAGCCCCUGUGGCUGUGUGAAUCAGGAGAAGCCUCCAGCCCGACCCACAGACUUGGGACAUUCCAGCCUCUACAACCGUAAGUGGGAAGGACAGUCUAUGUUUGGAAACACAAACAACAGUACAGACAUCAAAAGGCUUCAGGAUGGACCCUUUCAUGGGUGCUGAAGCAGCAGAUUAUGAUGAUAUAUCAGGUAGGAUUGCCUCGCUAUCGCUCUCGUUUCACAACAGCUCGGCUCAGGCCUUUCCUCAGUGGACAGAGGGGAUACACAGGUGCUCAGACAUGACGCUUUCGGAGAAAAUUAUACUUGAGCUGGAAGGUCACACUAAGUCUCAGAAAAUCUUCAUAAAAAUACUGACUCCUGAAACAAGGGUAUGGGUUUUGAAGAAUGACCUCACCAGACAUGUUGAUGUUGUAGUGAACCCAUCUGAUGAAGACCCAUAUGUGGGAGCGCAGGCCCUGGUGAACCCUUACAGCCCCGAAAUCCAAGAGGAGAGCCAGAGCUUUGUUCCCGGAAAUGGUAUCUUUGGGACUGUCUCUAGCACUCAGUUUGGAACACAUGAAAUGAAAAUUGGUGCCAUUGCUUUCCAAGUUGCUAUUGGAGAUAUCACCAAUGAAAGAGCCGAUGUAAUUGUGAAUUCAACAACUAGAACAUUUAAUUUGAAAUCAGGGGUGUCCAAGGCAAUUUUAGAAGGUGCUGGACCAGCUGUGGAAAAUGAAUGUGCUAUAAAAGCUGCACAGACUCGCCGUGAUUUUAUAGUUACACAAGGGGGAUGCUUAAUGUGUAAGAGGAUAAUUCAUGUUAUUGGGGACAACGAUGUGAAGAAGACGGUCUGUAGCGUUCUAUGGGAGUGUAAAAAGAGGCACUACGCGUCAGUUUGCCUUCCAGCCAUCGGAACAGGAAAUGCCGGAAAAAACCCAGCCGUGGUGGCUGAUGACAUAAUCAGUGCUAUUGAAGAUUUUGUAGGGGAACAUUCCACUGGAUCAUUAAAAAUCGUUAAAGUUGUUGUCUUUCCACCUCAUCUGCUAAAUGUAUUCUAUAACAGCAUGAAAAAAAGAGAAAGCCUCAUGUCACCUGCCUUUCAGCCCACAUUCUCCAGGACCUCAUGUGAUGUUGCUGGACACUGGACUGACAUGAAUCAGCAGGGUCCCUGCUUGGUCUGGCUCCAACCUGGGCAACCAGAAUAUAACACUGUAAUGGGCAUGUUCAAUCAGACUUGUUUUUUCUACAAAAUAGAGAAGAUUGAGCGGAUUCAAAAUACAUUCUUGUGGGAUAGCUACCAGUUAAGGAAAGUUCACAUGGACACCAAGAAUGGCCAUAUAACUAACGAGAGAUUCCUCUUCCAUGGAACAGAUGCAGGCUCAGUGCCACAUGUCAAUCAGCACGGCUUUAAUCGAAGUUAUGCUGGGAAGAAUGCGGCACACUAUGGAAAAGGAACCUAUUUUGCUGUUGAUGCCAGUUAUUCUGCCAAUGAUGUGUACUCCAAACCAGAUGAGAAUGGGAGAAAGCAUAUGUAUGUUGCGCGAGUUCUUACUGGAAUCUCCACACGUGGGUGUGCAGGAUUACUUGCCCCUCCAGCGAAGAACCCUCACGAUCCUACAGAUCUGUAUGAUUCUGUCACAGAUGACCCAUAUCACCCAAAGAUAUUUGUGGUGUUCUCCGAUAACCACGCUUACCCCGAAUAUCUCAUAACUUUCAGACAUUAAAUAUGACUUAAGUCAUAUAGUUCUAAGAACAAUUUGCAAAUUCCUUGUGCUUGCUUUUGAUUUGCUUCUGCAGAUGAAAUUAUCCUUUUUAUGUGCUGAAAUACUGAAAAGAGCCUUUUUAAAAUGCUGUGCUGCUGCAAGGUUGUAGCUUACCUCUACUUCUGAGAUUUAUGGGUAGAAGCCAAGGAAUGUCGGUGGUGUAGCUAUAGCUACAACUAUCCACAGACACAGAAUCUGGAGAGGAAAGAACCCAUUCCUUUUUUCUGUGGGAAAAGUAAUAUGAUGAAUCAUGUUAAAGCCAAGAUGUGAUCGUUCCUAUUGGAAUAUGCGAAGACAUCAGACUGUGGCUCGCUAAACCGUGCUGUGAAGUGGAUAGGCUUCUGUUGUGCAUCUGUAACAGCUGGGGAUUGUGCCUAUUUAAGACAUACUUAUCAAUAGCUCAGCAGAAUAACCAAAUCAAAAAGUAUUACCUCAAAUCUUUUGUGGAACAAACCAGGUAAAAAUGUACUGUAUGGUUAUCUAAGGUUUCAAAACAAAUUACUACUAAAUUAGGGAGUAAAUCCCAAAUAUUCUUUGUGGGUCAGGAAUUCAUGUGAAGGGUUACUGGAUUGUUGUAACUUGGGGUCUCUCGUGAAGUUGUCGUCACGAUAUCACCUGGGCUGCAGUUAUCUGAAGGCUUGACUGGGGCUGGAGGAUCUGUUUCCAAGGUGAAUGAAUCACUCACAUAGCUGGCAAGUUUUUGCUGGUUGGAGACAGGAGUCCUAGGUUCUUCUCCACAUGAGCUUCUCAACAGGCUACUAGAGUGUCUUUAUGACAUGGUGGCCAAUUUACUCUAGAGCAAGCAGUUCAAGAGAAAGGCAAGUUGGAAGCCACAAUGUCUUUUAUGUCUUUUGUGGACUCAUACGCCAUCAUUUCCAAAAUAUCCUAUUGAUUAUAUGAAUCAGCCCACUCAAUGUGGGAGGAACUACACAACGUUGUGGGUAUCAGCAGGCAAGGACCAUUUGGGGCCAUCUUGAAGACUGCCUACCACACACAUGAAUAUGUGAAUGAAUGGUAUAGCAUGCUAACAGUGAAAAGCAUACUAGUCUCAUCAUCUCCUCUUCCCUCUCCUUCCACACCCCUGUCCUCAGUGCAAGAAGACUCCUUGUCUGUUUUAACACUUCCAGCACUCAGCAUCAUGAGCAAAAUGACACUAUCAUGCAACCACUCUAAUUAUUGGAAAUCUCCUCUUUACACUGAGUUGAAAUCUGUCCUUCUAUGUCUUUUACCUAUUGAUUACUGCCGUGACUUAUGGAGGACACAAACAAGUCCCAUUUGUCUUAUAGAUGAAAACCCUUCAGAUCUAUAUGUUCCUCUACUAUCUAAGAGUUAUGUAAAUUCUUAAUAUAUGUAGCAGCAUAUUUAUCCUGAAGUCUCACUUUGGAGGACUUUUAAACAUUUAAAAAUGUUUACACUGUUUUUUUUUUUUAUAUACGAAGAAUACAGGAAAACAAAGAAAAUAACUUUCUCACCAAAUUUCGUCACCCAUAAUUCCAACACUAAGUAAACCACUGCCAAUUUUCUCAUGUACUCUCUCCUAGUUCCUUCUCUAUCCAUAGUCAACAAACUCAAGAUCACCCCUUUUAUUCAGUCACUAAUUAUACUUUUUUUUAAUUAAUUAUACACUAUUGUAUCUACUGUUUUCAUUUAAUAUUACAAUAUAAAUAUUUCUCUCAUGUUAUUAAUCAGUAAACAUAAUUGUAAUAGCUGAGUUAUUCUAAUUAUAUAAGUGUAUGGAGUUUUUUUAAAAAAGUGAUAAUCUUAUUAAUCUGAUUUUUCAGCAUAUCUGUGUCAUUUUCCCCAUGUCAUGAAAUAUAUAUCAUUUUUAAUGGUUGCAUGGUAUUUCAUUGUGUGUUUAUACCUACAUGUCUUGUCCUUCUAGGAUGCCUGUGCGUCUAGCUAAAUAUAUGAUUGGAACAUGAGAUGCAAAGACCAUAACCUACCUUCCACAAGACACCACUCCCUAAGGUGCCUGAGGGAAAGAUAACCCUAGAGAACAAAGCAAAGUUAAAUAAUGCUCAGUUACAACCUGAGCUUUAGCUCCCAACCCCAAUGUUGAAUUCUGUUGAGGAAGGUUGGAGGGAAGGAUUCUAUUUACUUAGGUUAGGUAGGCUUUUACUUGGCAGUGUCAACUGCUGACUUGCUGUCUCUAUAGAUGCUGUUACACAAGGAGUCCUUGAUUUAUUUUUCUGUAUCCUUACUUUACUAGUAAGACUUAGACAUCUUGAGUGCACAACACCCAUUUUAUUAAAGUUGUGAUGGUUUCUUGCGGAACAAAAAUAAACCAAUUAACACUAUAGUUACUAGAAAUUCUACCUUCCUUCAGCCUGAAGCUAAAUCAUGUCUUUCCAUCCUUUUCUGAAGCUAAAUCACGUCUGUUCCUUCCCGUUGGGUUGAUGUUCUCUCUCCCAAGAACCCACUGCUUGAACUUAAUCAAAGUUGAAAGUCUUUCUCCAACUUUGCCAAUUACUGAAGAAAGGGGUCCCUUUUCUGUGGAUCAGUCAAGUGAUACCUAACUGAUACCAUGGGUUAAUAAUCUGGACUGGUGGACUGCUUUCACGGAGGGCUUUACUAUCUCAUAUAUCAUCUCUUGUUAUUUCUUUUAGCUUUUUCUCUUUCUCGUUCCUUUUUUUCCCCUCCAGUCCUUUCCUUCAGUUGUGGAAGAACGAAGCCACACACUCAGCUUGAAUCAGUCAGAGGAAGUAUGAAAAUGGUGUGGCAUCAGACCUCAUCUAACUUCACGGGGAAGAAAGAGAAUCACCAUCAACGUUAGCCCAAAGCUCAUUCCUGAGAGGUCGAGGUCAGACAAAAUUCCACUCUCCAAUAUUUUUACCAAUUCUAACACUGCCUUCCUGCCCAUAGCACUUUCUACUUCUCUGUUGCGUUCAUUAAUUUGUUGCAGUGGACACACAGAACUCACAGACCAUACUCAUGAUUAUGGGAUUUAUUAGGGAAGUAACAAGUUAUGUACAAUUCAGGAUCAGGAUCAAAUUGGAGCCAACAGGAACAAGUCAGGAUACAGUUCUUUGAUCAGGACAGCUUUUCGGUUGUUGCCUCUGGGUACUCCUAUCGGCCUAGGCCCUCUGCUCUUCGCCUGGGCCCCUGCUCCGGCCUGCUUGGGCAAGUGUUACAAAGCUCUUUAGCUCUGCUGUUAAGUGCCUGGAGGUACCCCACUCCGCCAGGAAGCCUCCUUCCUGAAGGCGCUCAGCUUUCUUGCUCAGUGGCCCGGCACACCCACUGUAGCCACUUUGCUCAGUGGGCUGGGAAGCCCACUGUGCCAUCCUGUGCCGGUCUCAUAGUUCCGCUGCUGCCCUUUCUCUGCUACUGGACUCUGCCAUGCUUGUUGCUGCUUCUCACCAUCUCUUGCCGUUUCUGGUGUUACAGCUGUCUCCUGGAUCUUAGGAGGUUCUCAGCACAGGGACCUGGGUCCAAAGGACGCGCUCCAUGCCUGGCUCUUCUUCUUGAUGGUAGUGAGGCUACCUGUGCCUCUGGGAUUGGCUUUCUUUAAGCCUAGCAGAAUGGCAAAACUGAACGAUUCCCUGCAAGGGUUCCAUGCACCUUAUUUGCAUAGUCGAUCUUAUGUGGGUGCUACCAGACCUUGGCUAAAAGGGCCAUGUAAUAGUAAAUUCACUAUACCACAGAAGUAUUGCCAUUUCUUUCGGCAUCUAUAGCAGAGAGCCAUCAGAAUCCAUGCAGUGCACAUGGUGAUACAUUAUGUGAAUGCAAAGUUAGGGGAUAUUUACAGUGUGGUGGGUUAAUUACCACAAGGCUGGUGGGAUUAUUUACAGCUAAUAUUGACAGAUUCAAUAUCUGCUAAACACUAGAACAAAUUUUCCCUUACAGUAAACAUGCCUUACAAGCUUAAUUGAUUCAUUUAUUAUAUUUACAAGCCAUGGGCUGUGGAUUUUCCCACAACUAUUUAGGGAGAGUGUUUUGUUUCUGAGCUCACAGAGUGUACAUACCUGCAUCUUAAAAGACUUCGUGCCCCACCUCCUUCCUGGUGUAUAUUAUUGUUUUCAGUCACCAGGAUGUAAAUAUCCUCCAACCUUUUCCUUACCUUAUAUAGAAGGGGAUUUUCAACACAUAAAUUUAAUUCCCCAAGGCCUCUUGUUACCUAAAAUUAUAAUUCCAUGAGUUAGACUCAUCAAAUACAUAAUUCUGGCUUCCACAAAACCCAGCCCCACCUCUUCAAUCUGAGCCUUUCCUUUAUGUGCUCCUCGUAUUCCCAUCUCAUCACUCCCAAGCCUGGCGCCACCUCACCACACAAUACACUCUUCACACUCGGUUUAGACAACUAGAGCACACUGGAGAGGAUUACACCAUGCAUGAAUAAACUUUCUGCCAAGUAAUGAAAGUGUUCCUCUAUUGGCCUUUGUGGUUUAUAGUCCAGAAUGGUGGUUUCUUUUUCCUAUUAACUGUACUAGCAAGCCAUUUAAAAGAGACUGAGAUAAGGAAAAUCUUCAUUAUCACAAACAACUACCUAAACAGCUCUGAGGUCAACAACAAAAACGAAAUUUCAGUGUAAAUGAAGGGAAAAAAAAAAAAAAAAUCAACAAGACACCAGGCAAAAAAUAGAAACAUUAGAACCUGAAAGACAGUAAGAACUAUAAAUGUAAUUUAGGGAAGAACUGAACUCUAAGAAUCGUAACAUAAAGGCAGCAGCAUUUUUUCAAAUCAACCUAAUGGUCUUUGUUUGAUGCCCUUGUCAACAAAGCAGAGUGGCUCCCUUGCUCUUCAUGGCAGUUCUAUCAUGGAGCUCACUUUGACUGAGAGAAUGCUGAUUCCCCAAGGGGGCCAUACCUAUCUCCUUCAGGUAGUUAGUGGUGGUGCCAAGAGUGAUGUCAGUUCUCUGACAACUGAAUCUGAGUUGUUGCUGGGCUCCACCCCAAAUAGCUGAAAGCAGAAAGAGAAGUAGAAGCGAUUUACUGAAAAAAUAAAAGAUUAUUAACUAGUCCUAUCAAAUAAGUCAAGAGAACAUAAUUAACUUAGAAAAUAGGGCAUGUAUAUUCAGAUAAAAUAAAAUGAAAAGGACAGGGUGAAAACUGUUUGAGAAACAGUGAAGUUCCUUGAUCCCUUCCCUGCUCCUUACCCAGAAUGGCUGCCUUUCAACUGACCUGGCAGAAAUCUGGAGACUAUUUCCUGUAGAAGGUAAAAUAGGUCUCUGGAUAAGACACCAGGCACAGGUAGAUCUUGGGUCCUGUACCAAAAUACUAAAUAAUUCUGAGACUACCCCUUCCUGCUCCAAAAACUUUCUUCCCCCAUUGGCUCCCAGUACAAUGACAGCCAGACUUUUACCCUCCAGGGAAGAGAUCAGAAAUCUCUUCUUUGCAGAACGUGUCCAGGUCAAGAGAAAAGUUUACCUAAAGAUACUGAUAUCAGAGUUUCCAUAGUGCACAGACCACCAAAUCAUGUAUGUUGUUGUCUAGUCGGCUCUGACUCCUGGUGACCCCAUAUGUGCAGAGUAGAACUGUGUUGCAUAGGAUUUUCGAAGCAGUGACCUUUCAAAAAUAGAUUACCGGGCCUGUCUUCUGAUGUGCCUCACGGUGGAUUCGAAUCACCAAAGUUUUUGCUGGUAGUAGAGUGCUUAAGGGUUUAAGCCACACAGGAACUCCUAAAUUAUGUAUAGCUCCCCUCCCCCCCAAAAAGCAAAAAACUCAUUGCCUUUGAGUUGAAUUCCAAUUCACAGUGACCCUACAGGGCAGAGUAGAACUGCCCCAGAGGGUUUCCAAGCCUGUAAAUCUUUUUUUUAAAUUUUUUUUUUUUUAUUGUGCUUAGGUGAAAAUUUACAGCUGAAGUUAAUCUCUCAUACAAAAAUUUAUACACAUAUUGUUUUGUAAUAUCAGUUGCAGUCCCCACAAUGUGACAGCACAGUCCACCUUUCCACCCCGGAUUCCCUGUGCCCAUUCAACCAGUUCUUGUUCUUUCCUGCCUCUGGACAGAAGUCACCCAUAUGGUCUCGUGUAUCUGAUUGAACUAAGAAGCACACUUCUCUCAUGUAUUAUUUUUUGUGUUAUAGUCCUGUCUAAUUUUUGUCUGAAGAGUAGGCUUCAGGAAUAGUUUCAGUUCUGGGUUAACAGAGUGUCCAGGGGCCAUAGUUUUGGGAGUCCGUCCAGUCUCUGUCAGACGAUUUAGCCUGGUCUUUUUAUGUGAAUUUGAGUUCUGCUCUACGCUUUUCUCCUGCUCUCUGGAACUCUCUGUUGUGUUCCCUGUCAGGGCAGUUAUUGGUGGUAGCCGAGUACCCUCUAGUUCUUCUGGUCUCAGGCUGGUGGAGUCUCUGAUUUAUGUGUUCUUUAGUCUCUUGGGCUGGUAUUUUCCAGGUCUUUGGUUUUCGUCAUUGUCCUUUGCUCCAAGUGGGAUGGGAUGAAUUGAUGCAUCUUAGAUGGCUGCUCGCAACCAAAGCUGUCAAUCUUUAUGAAAGUAGACUGCCACAUCUUUCUCCCACAGAGCAGCUGGUGGGUUCAAACAGCUGACCUCUCCAUUAGCAUCCAAAUGUUUAAUCACUGCUCCACCGGGGCACCUUAAAUCAUGUAUAUUGAUUAUACUCAAAAUCGAUAAACCCCACUCACUAGCUCAGAGCUUCCAGUAACUUUUUAGAAUCUUGUGAACAGACAAUGAAAGAUUAUCAGACAUUCAAGGAAAGUAUCUGUUCUUAGGUGCCUUUGAGUGUGUUCCAACUCACAGUGACCCUCAGUACAACAGAAUGAAAUGCUGCCCACUCCUGCUCCAUCCUCACAAUCCUUGCUAUGUCUGAGCCCAUUGUUGUAGCCACUGUGUCAAUCCAUCUCGUUGAGGGUCUUUCUCUUUUUCGUUGACCCUCUACUUUGCCAAUCAUCAUGAUGUCCUUGUCCAGGGACUAGUCCUUCCUGAUAACCUGUCCAAAGUACAUGGGACUAAGUCUCGUCAUCCUUGCUUCUAAGGAGCAUUCUGGCUGUACUUCUGAGACAGAUUUGUUCGUUCUUCUGGCAGUCCAUGAUAUACUUAAUAUUCUUCACCAACACCAUAAUUCAAACGCAUCAAUUCUUCCUCAUUCGUGGUGCAGCUUUCACAUGCAUGUGAAGCAAUUGAAAAUACCAUGGCUUGAGUCAGGUGCACCUUAGUCCUCAAACUGACAUCUUUGCUUUUUCACAUUUUAAAGAGGUCUUUUACAGCCUAUUUGCCCUAUGCAAUGCGUCAUUUGAUUUCUUGACUGCUGCCUCCAUGGGCAUUGAUUGUGGAUCCAAGUAAAAUGAAAUCUUUGACAACUUCAAUCAUCUUUUUUUGAUGCUUCCUGCAUCGUUCAAUAUUUUCCCUGUAAUAUCCUUCCAUAUUGCAACUUGAGGCCUGAAUUUUUUCUUCAGUUCUUUCGCUUGAGAAAUGCCAAGCGUGUUCUUCUCUUUUGGUUUUCCUCUUCUUUGUUUCCAACUUUUGCAUUCCAAUGACUGGUAAUUAUCAAUGCAUAUUGAUUGCAUUGAUAAUGUUUGAUCACAUUCAGACCACAGAAGUUGGUAAAAAUCUUUAAUUUCUUCAUCUUUGGCCUUAGUGGUUGGUGCAUAAAUUUGGAUAAUGAUCGUAUUAACUGGCCUUCCUUGUAGGCAUAUCACUGGCAGGGUUGUACUUCAGAAUAAAUCUUGAAAUGUUCUUUUCGACAAUGAAGGCAACACCAUUCCUCUUCAAUUUUUCAUUCCCAGCGUAGUAGACCAUAUGAUUGUCCAAUUCAAAAUGGCCAAUAUCAAUCCAUCUCAGCUCACUAAUGCCUAGAAUACUGAUCUUUAUGUGUCCCAUUUAAUUUUUGAAGACUUCCAGUUUGCCUAGAUUCAUACUUUGCACAUUCUACAUUCUGAUUAUUAAUGGAUUUUUGCAGCUUUUCCUUUCAUUUUGAGUUGAGCCACAUAAGCAAAUGAAGGUCCUGAAAGCUUGACUCCACCCACAUCAUUAAGGUCGACUCUACUUUGAGGAGGCAGCUCUCCCCCUGUCAUAUUUUGAGUGCCUUCCGACCUGAGGGACUCAUCUUCUGGCACUGUAUCAGACAGUGUUCCGCUGCUAUUCAUAAGGCCAAUUUUUUCAGAAGUAGACCUCCAGGAUCUUCUUUCUAGUCUGUCUUAGUCUGGAAGCUCUGCUGAAACCUGUCCACCAUGUGUGACCCUGCUGGUAUUUGAAACACAGUGGCAUAGCUUCCAGCAUCACAGCAACAUCCAAGCCACCACAGUACAACAAACUGACAGAUGAGUGGUAGAGGAAAGCAUUUAAUUUAGUAUAAAGAGGUUUAAAAAACUAUCACUGGAAUCAGAAUGCUAUAAAAAAGAAUAUAACCUUUAGACCAUAUUUUACUAAAAGAGCUUCUGGGUUAUUUCUACAUUUCAGUUAUAAACGUUAAAAGGUCCUUUUAUAUUAACACGGCCUGGGAGGUACGUAACUAAUCGUUCAUUCUAAUUCCUGAGUUUGCCCCCUCUUACUGCGAUGUUUGGGAGAAAGACUGCCCUGUCACCAAAAACCAAACCCUUUGCCCUUGAGUUGAUCCUGACUCAUAGUGACCCUAUGAGAGAGAGUAGAACUGCCCCAUAGGGUUUCCAAGGCAUGCCUGGUGAAUUUGAACUGCUGACCUUUUAGUUAGCAGCCGUAGCACUUAAUCCCUAUGCCACCAGGGUUUCCUGUCACACACAUAACCAGUUGGUAUGUUGCUAGGGGUUUGCAUAAAUAAAAAGAAAAGUGACAUCAAAAUUUAAAAGUUGAACAGGAUAUAGCAACCUAUUGCAAGUAUAUUUUUAGGUCAAAAAGUAGUCAACUAGAUCUUUAAUGAUAUAUCAGAAGGAGCCCUGGUAGUGCAAUGGUUAAAUGCACGGCUGCUAACCAAAAGGUCGGAGGUUUGAAUCCACCAGUGGCUCAAAUACCUGGUGACCUACUCCAGCAAAGAUUAAAACCUAGAAAAGCCCAUGGGGCAGUUCUACUCUGUUAUAUACGUCCACUGGGAGUAGGAAUUGACUCUACCACACACAACACCAACAACAAAUAUAUGAGGCAAGGAAAAUAAUGAAGACAGCUUAAACUUAUAAAAUUUAUAAAAACAAAGUGUUUAUACUUACAAUAUAAAAUAUAUAUUUUAAAUUUACAAAAUUAAAUUUUAUAAAUGCAUGUAUUUAUUAAAUUUAUAAAAACAAAAAAUACAAUGUAGUAAAAUAGACAAAGAAGAAAAUUUCCAAAAGUGCAUGAAAACUUGAUAGACACGCAGUUAAAAUCUUGAAAUUCCUAAGUAUCAUUCAUUCAUUCAACAAAUGAUAUUCAUUCAUUCAACAAUUAAUUAUUGAAUAUAUAUCUGACAUUUUACCAGGUGCUAGACAGAGCAAUGGAAACCCUGGUGGUGUAGUGGUUAAGUGCUAUGGCUGCUAACCAAGAGAUCAGCAGUUUGAAUCUGCCAGGCGCUCUUUGGAAACUAUUGGGCAGUUCUACUCUGUCCUAUAGGGUCACUAUGAGUCGGAAUCGACUGGACGGCAGUGGGUAGAUAGAGCAAUAAACAAGACUGUGGGUAUAGGGUUCUUGCCCUCUACCAGAGACCCCAUGUGUUUCAGAGUAGAACUGUGCUUCAAUGACUCUUCAAUGACUGUGAUGUUUAGGAAGUAGAUAACCAGGCCUUUCUUUCAAGGUUCCUUUGGGUAUGUUGGCACAGGCUAACGUUUUUGUUAGUAGCCGAGUGCUUAACUGUUUGCACUACCCAGGGUUUCCUUUUGCCCUUUAAGAGCAGAGAGACAGUAAACAAAUAAUUACAAAAUUAAUUAACUGAAAUUGCAGUAGGCAUGAAAGGAGAAGGAGACGGUGGUUGGCUGCUAAUCGAAAGGUUGGUUGUUCAAACCCACCAGCUACUCUGAGGGAGAAAGAUGUGGCGAUCAUCUUCUGUAAAGAUUACAGCUUUGAAAACUCUAGGCAGCAGUUCUACCCUGUUCUAUAGGGUCGCUAUGAGUUGGAAUUGACUCAACUGCAACAAGUUUGGCUUGAUUUUGGUAGAAGGUGCUACAGAUCUAUUUAACUAAAAACAACUGAGUCUUGAGGUCAGGGUCACUUUCCUGAGGAACAUGGCAAACAGGAAUAAUAACAUUUCUUGGUUUUAAAACAUGAUAACAUAAAAUGAAAAUGUUUAAGUUGACGUGAAAUUCUGUUUCCAAAUGGAAUGGAUUAUCUAGUGACAGACCCACACUCUCACCAAAAAACUUGAACAAAAUAGAGAAAUCAUCUAUUUUACAGCAGGGGAGAGCUGUUGAAUCAAUGAGAACUGGAAGGGUGAAGACCCCAGAGAGGGCAUCUUAGUUAUCUCGUGCUGCUAUAACAGAAAUACUACAAGUGGAUGGCUUAACAAACAGAAGUUUAUUCUCUCACAGUCUAGUAGACUAGGAGUCCAACCAAAUUCAGGGUGUCAGCUCCAGGGGAAGGCUUUCCCUCUCUGUUGGCUCUGGAGGAAGGUCCUUGUCAUCAAUCUUCCUCUGGACUAAGAUCUUCUCCACACAGGGACCUGGGUCCAAAGGACACGUGCUCCUGGCUUUACUUUCUUGGUGGUAUGAGGUCCCCCUGUCUCUCUGCUUGCUCCUCUCUUUUAUAUCUCAAAAGAGAUUGACUUAAGACAACCUAAUCUUGUAGAUUGAGUUCUGCCUCACUCACAUAACUUUCAGUAAUUCUGUCUCAUUAAUAUCAUAGAGGUAGGAUUUACAACGCAUGGGAAAAUCACAUCAAAUGACAAAAUGGUAGACAAUCACACAAUAUUGGGAAUCAUGGACUAGCCAAGUUGACAUGCAUUUUUUGGGGACACAAUUCAAUCCAUGACAGAGAAAGAACCUCUAAGAACUGACUUCUGCAGUCACAUAACGAGGGGUCAUUUGUUGAUUCUGGGCACAGGCAGGUGGCUGGUAAUCCCAGGCUUUGCAGCAUAGAAGACGCCGGGAGACAGAGCACAGAGGACUUUGGGUGAAAAUUUGGAAGGUGUCAAGCAUAUAGUUUUGACCUCAGAACAUCUGUUGAAUUCUGGUGGUGCACAGGGCUGGAGUCAAAAAAGAGAAGCAGAAAACCUCUGAAAGCAAAGUAAGGUCUUCAGCAGUCUUGUGAGAAACAUUAGAAUUUAAGAUUCACCAGGAAAGAAUAUACCAGGAUCUCUACUGAAAAUCCUGGAGAGACUAGAGUAAAACCCAAGUAAACUGAGCCUUAUCAGGGCUGCCACUCAGCCUCAAGUCAGCACAGUCCAUCAUUGGAGUUAGGUGACCAGAAGCUGAUGAGAAAUAAGAUGGUUCAUAAAAUUAAUAUAAUGGGCAAGAUUAUCAAAGAGUGUUCUAGAUACAAAGGGGGUCAUGAGAAUAAUUUGUUCUAGUGGACCUCUGGUAUACAGAAAUAUCAAUAAUGAAAAUACUUUAGAAACCUACACUAUCCACCAUACACUACAAAAAAAAAAAAAAAACUAGGUGGAU